UGGUAAAAGUGUAACCAUAUGACGUAGCCACAGGAAGCCCCCAAAGAGUACAUAACAGAGAACAAAAGAUGCAGCAGGGUUUCAAAGUCCUGAAGAGUGCUUUAAACAAGACUACUCCGUUUUCCUUUCUUAGAAGGACCCUUUCCUCAUCACUCAACAGUGCUACAAAUAGCUGUGAAGAUCUUGAAAAUUCGGUGCUGGUUGAGAAAGGAACAAACUCAAGAGUUGUCAUCCUUAAUAGACCCCAUGUCCUGAAUGCUCUCACCACUCCAAUGGGACAUCGGCUUACUAAACUGUACGAGUCCUGGGCGAACGAUCCCCUCGUUGAUUUUAUCGUGCUGAAGAGUCAAAAUUGGUACCUGCUGCUAACUGAUGGCCAUGUCUUUCCAUUAUUUGUUUUGCGACUAUCUACAGGGAAAAUUGAAGAAUGUAAAGACUGUUUCAGGACAUUUUACAGCUUCGUGUACCUUUUAAGCAAAUAUUUGAAACCGCAUGUUGCUAUAUUGGAUGGCAUUACAAUGGGUGGAGGAGCUGGGAUUUCAGUCCAUGGGUCAUUUCGUAUUGCUACUGAUAAAACUGUUUUUGCCACUCCUGAAGUUCUUAUUGGCCUCCAUCCUGAUGCUGGCGCUUCCUAUUAUCUUUCACGCCUACCUGGAUUCUUAGGGGAAUAUCUAGGUCUAACUGGAGAUAUGCUUAGUGGAGACGAAAUGCUUGCUUGCGGGCUAGCUACCCAUUAUUCACCCAAUGCAAGUGUCCCUCUCAUUGAAGAGCAGCUUGGUAAAUUAGCUGCAAAAGAUUUUUCUGUCAUGGAAAGUUUUUUAACUAGUUUUUGCCAGACUGCAAAUCCGAGCGAAAGAAGUGUUCUUCACAGGAUGAAUACGCUAAAUAAAUGUUUUGGUCAUGCCACAGUCGAGGAAAUUGUUGACUCUCUGGAAAGUGAAGCAGCCAGAACGAAAGAUGACUGGUGCAUUUCAACAGUUCGAAAACUAAGAGAAGCUCCGCCUCUGAGCUUGAAGGUUUCCCUGAGAUCUAUACGAGAAGGUAGAUUUCGGACACUUGAACAAUGUCUUGAUCGCGAGUAUCGGAUGACUCUUCGAGCAAUUUCUAGACAGAUCUCCAAUGACUUCUGCGAGGGAGUUCGAGCAAGAUUAGUUGAUAAAUGCUUUCCACCCAAGUGGUAUCCGCCUUGUUUGGAACAAGCAACCGAUGACAUGGUGGAUGCAUACUUUGCACUGCCUGAUGCAUAUGAGCCUGGCCUAGAGUUACCUUCUAGUUAUGAGAAGCCUUUGCCUAAGUCUUUAUUUAAUGGCAGAGUACAAGAUAUGGUACCCUAGAUCCUGCUCUCGGAGGUUUGAUUCAAGAAACCAGCUUCAAUUUUAGAAUGGCUACCAUUGGAUUAUUUAGAUCGGCCUUGUAGAUCUACUAUAUCAACUUUGUUGUAAUUUGGCGGAUAAAUUAGACAAUUAGUAUGGAAAACCCAAAUAAAUAAGAAAUUACAUUUAAAU